AUGACUCGUAACUCUGUUGAGGAUAAUGGUCAUGAUGCUAAUCCAAACUAUGCUGACCAAAUCAACCAUCUUGAGCCACUUGCCAUUGGAGACCAGAGACUCGAACGCAAGAUAGGCUGGGCUAUGGGAGCUAUGAUCAAUGUGAGCUAUAUUAUAGGCGCUGGCAUAUUUGCUGGUCCGGCGUUUACCCUCCAGCUAGUUGGCUCCGGUGGAAUGAACUUGGUGAUAUGGCUGGCUGGUGCAGGUAUAGCUAUGGCAGGAACUUGGACAUUUGCUGAAUUGGGUACAAUGCUUCCUCGAAGUGGAGGCGAGGUUGGAUACUUGGAGUAUUGUUACAGAAAGCCAAAAUAUUUGUUUGCGUAUCUUUUUACCUGGUGGAGUCUGAUGAAUAGAGGUAGCGGUGUAGCUGCCCAAGGCAUUGUGUUUGGUGGUUAUAUGAACUAUGCAUUAUUUGGUUCAACAUUCAAGUCAAGUUGGGGAGAAAGAGGGUGGGCUAUUUUGUGUGCAACAAUCCUUAUGGCUACAAAUAUAUUCUCAACCAAAGCCUCAAUGAGUAUGAUGGCUGGCUUGACUGGAAUAAAGAUCGGGGUUCUUUUAUUGAUUGCUACCAUUGGCGUACUGGUCCUUGUAAAAGCAAUCCCUUCAGACGUAGAUGCAGGAGAAAAUCUUUCAUUUCACGGUACAGCUUCUACUCUGGGACCCUAUGCAUCUGCUUUGUAUUAUGUAAUGAACAGCUACAGCGGGUGGCAUAACUUAAAUUUUAUUCUAGACGAAGUAAAGGAUCCAAUCCGUAACCUCCCUAAGGCCUCCGCUGCUGCAUUAGGCUCUACUGCUCUCCUCUACAUUUUGACAAAUAUUGCUUAUUUGGUAGUGCUCCCGAUGGAAUCUAUGAAGAAUUCGCAAUUCAUCGUGGCAGCCGCAUUCUUUACAAAAUGUUUUGGUGAAAGCUUUGCGUCAACAGUUUUGCCUGUAUUUAUUGGCCUAAGUGCAUUUGGAUGUGGUGCAGCUAUCAAUUUCUCUGGCGGAAGGGUUAUUAUGGAGACAGCCAGAAAUGGCCUUUUACCCUUUGGAAGAACUUUCGGUCAUGUUCACCCCCUUACAAGUAGUCCUGUGAAUGCCUACUUGCUUCAGUAUUUUCUUGCGAUAUUUUUUGCUGUUGUCCCACCCCCUGGUGCAGUAUAUCAAUUCAUUGUCGCAUUUGCUGCCUAUCCAGUAUAUAUAUUUUAUACUCUAAUUGCUCUUUCUGUUCUCAUUCUGAGGAAAAGAGAACCGCUCAACAAGAGACCAAUAGUAGCUCCUUUGGUGUGUGUUCUAGUAUUCUUGUGCUUUACUAUCUAUGCCCUAAUUUUUGUCUUUAUCCCUGUCAAGAACCCGUAUUAUCCGUAUUGGGUGCCAUAUGUCUCAGCCAUUGUCUUCAUGCUGGUGUGUUCUGUGUUUUGGUACUAUCAAAUCAUAGUCAAAGACACACCUGGAAAGUCGUACAAUCAAUCAAUUCGCAAUGAUGGUCGCGCUGCUUUGGAGCAUGAGGUUUUUGGGGGCUACGUGCCACUAAACAAUGAUGAAGAUGAAGAGAAUUCGUCUGGGGAAGCACAUGGAGCUAGCCAGGCUUCUGUGACAAUUGGAAACAACCUGUAUUUGGCUGUAUUGUUUGUGCCCAUAAUGCUGGGCUUUUUUUGGCUGCUUUUGUGA